AUGUCAUAAGCAAAAAAAAGCCUCUUAAAAGUAGAGAAACUUUAAUUUGAUAUCUACAUAAAUAAAUAGUUAAUUUAAGUAGAUUAAGAUGAUUAAACUACUGUAGGAGAAGUUCUCGAUUUUAUUAUGAAGAAAUAAAACAUUUCGAAUUCAGAUGUUUCAUUGUAUUUAGCAAAAAAAAGCGGAGAACCUAAAUUAUCCUUUCCUGCUUUAGAGAGGAAUAGAAAACUGUUUAGAACAAAUGAAAAACGAUUUGUCGUUGUUGUGAAAUAAUUAGAACCAAUAAUAAUAAAUAAACUUGAGGAAACAGAUUUAAAAGUUAGUGAGGCAAGGUAAUAAAAAUAAAGUAUUUUCAAAAAAUUAUUUGGAAUACCAUUGACUUGCAAAUGA